CUGUUGUUGUCGUUGUCAUCAGGCUAGUUACGGUGGUAUUUGAUUUUUUGGAAUUAAAACUUUUUCGCAUUGAAACUAUUGUUUUUAAUAACUUAACUACAAACUGAUGCAGCCUGGCUUGCGGCUGCCGCCUGCGCAGACUAUAAAUAACUGAAAAGACUGAAAUUCAACGAUUUCUAAUCACUCACAAGACUUUCUAUAACCACGAAGUAACAGCCAAAGAGAGAACUAAAAAAAAAAAACGCACGCAAGUAAGAACAUAAAAAAGUGUGCCAAAAAAUAAGCCAAGCCCGCCGUCCAAUCAAGCAUUGCAAAACAAAUAGCAAAAGAAAUUUGGAAUAAGCUCGCAACGCAGAAGAGAAGCAAAGAAAGCUAAAGAGACUGCAUAAUAUUGAAAGAUUGAUGCUAAGCGGACAGAGCGCUGCUUGUGUGCGAGGCGUUUUUUUUUUGCUGUUUCUUAAUAACGCAUUGGACAACGACAACGACAAAACGAAUAUAAAUGAAUAUGAACGGUGGGGCGAGCAGCAUUGAUUUGUUGAUAACGCAUCUGGAUCAUGUUGGGCCGUUCCUGAAGCUCUACGGCCAAGCGAAUCGCGAUGCGGUGUUGCUGGUCAGCAAACGCAUCGAAACGCUGCUGCCCACCUGCUUUGCCAUAGACCCCAGUUGGUCCAAUGAGCGCCAACAGGCGCUGCUACUAACCGGCACCUUUUGUGUCUACAAGCGCAUAAAGGGCGCCGCACCCGGCGACAUCGAGUAUAUGCGCACGCGUGUGGUCAACGCUGGACUGGAUGAGAAGCAGGCUUUAGGUGGAAAUCGCACGCAGAUGCGUGUGGAGAUUGAAUUUCUUGAUUAUGGCUAUAAGCGCAAUGUCAACAGUCUGGACCUGUUGUUCUCCAAGCAGCCGCAGCUGCUGCAAAAUAUACCCAUACUUUGCUCACAGUACAUAGUGCUGGGCAUAUGGUGCGACUGGGAUGAAUCGGAGCUGCAAGUUGUGCGCCAGCUGCUGCUCAACAAUGUGGUGAGCAUACAAGUGGAUGCCGAGCAGCUGUGUGGCCAAAAGUUUGCAAGCGUGCGCUGGAAAGAUUUCGAGCUGUAUGAGUUUCUAGUGCAGCAAAAACAAAUAGGCGUGCCCAUAUCCAAAGAUUUGAUAAUGGAGCACUGCAAGAAGCUAUGGAAAGAUGCGCCACAAUCACCGCUGGUGGAAUACAACAACAAUAAUAUACAAAGCGGCGCAGCCAAGACGCCCACAGAUGUGGCGCGUGAGCAGCUGGCGGCACGCAUGUCGCUGUCUGCGCGACUGGAUGUGCAUCGCACGCUGAAUGUUGCAGCACCACGACCACUAAAGCCUGCGCAAGCGGAGCCCAAGCCAUUGCUGGCAACGCCGCCCAUGGUGCUGCCCACGCCUUUGGCUAAUUUGACCAACAUGAUGCCAGCGCCUGCUGCAGUAACGCAGGUGAAUCCACAAGCGCCUGCGUUUACUCCAGGCCUGCCCUACAAUUCUCAACGUGCCAACGAAAUAGCCGCCGCUGCAACAGCGCGCAAUGUUUACAUACCCAAGUCGAGUCCACGUCCACUCAACACUUACUACAAUGUGCGUCUCAGCAAGCCGCUGCCAGCAGCGCAGCCUAUGCCCAAGCAGCCUACGCUCAGCUAUGUGCCGCCGCGUUAUGCGCUGACGCCCACGCACGCGCCAGCAGCAGCUGCAGCUACAACGCCAGCAUUUCGCACAAGCCUUUUAAACGUGGGCAGCAGCUAUGAUGUGUAUGUGAGCUAUGUGGAGAAUGGGCCACAUUUGUUCUGGGUGCAGCUGCAGAGCGCUGCAGAAGAACUCAAUGCUAUGAUGCGUGAGAUUGAGCAUAUGCGCCCGCAGCCACUGACGCAGCUGCCCAGCGUAGGCACCGCCUGCUUGGCCAACUUCUCAGUGGACGGCAUGUGCUAUCGCGCGCUCAUAAGCGCUGUAUAUCCGCAUGGCUUCCGUGUGGUAUAUGUGGACUAUGGCAAUUCAGAAACUGUAGCAUUUAAGGAUAUAUAUCAAAUACCUGCGCCACUGCUGCAAAUCAAACCGUUUGCCUUUCGCUUUGCGUUAACAGGCGCCAAGGAGUUGGGUGCGCUGGAUGAGAGCAUGAAGCGCAUUUUUAAAACCUCAGUGCAGUACAUAAAAUUCAAAUUGAUUGUGUAUGCGGCUGAGAGCGUGGGCUCUAUGCAAACCUGCGAGCUGCUGCUUGAGGGCAACAGCAUGCUGAAGGUGCUUAAGGAGCUGCUGAACUCACGCCAGGCUUAUGCUAAGGCUGAGCAGCUGCGCAACGAUGAUGCAGUGGAAAUUCGUUACAUAGACUCGCCCAGCAACUUCUAUGUGCAAAAGGUGGAGCACAUUAAGCAAUUUGAGCAGCUAAUGGAUGAAAUGUUUGCCUACUACAACACCAAUCAGCAAGUGCCCGAGCAUUUUAUACUGGGCGCGCCCUGCGUUGUCAAAUGCGAUCGUGAGUGGUAUCGCGCUGAAAUUAUACGCGCUGAGGAUGCUACAGUUAUAGUGCGCCAUGUGGACUUUGGCUAUGAGCAAACAGUCAAGCGUCAUCUUAUAGGCAACAUUGCCAAGAAGCAUUUGCUGAUGCCACGUCAGGCUAUCAAAUGCUGCCUCAAGGGCUUCGAAAACAGCGAGUUAAGUCAGGAGAACAUUACGGAUCAGUUUGAAAUGCUUGCUGAGGAGUCCAACAUACGUCGUCGCACAUUUAGCGUGCGCGUGUUUCGCAUUGAACCCGAUGGUUUGAAUGUGGUCAAUUUGCUAGCCAAGAAUUUGAAUGUUAUGAAAAAACUCUACAAGCUUUCAAUGCCCUUUGAGCAGUAUUUAUCGCUGGAAAAGGGACAAUUCAACUCUAGCGUUGUAAGCGAUCCCAAGCUGGAAAUGGGUGAAAUACUCAACUCGACUACAGUGGAAAGCGAGGAUCGCAUGCAGCUGCAAAAGCAGCAAGCGCGUCAGAAAGCCAAUGGCAACGAUUGGGAUAAGCACAGCUCUGCUUCGGCUACUAGCUCCAAGGAUACGCAUUCUCAACGCAGCGGCGGCGGCAUUAAGCGCUCACAGCCAGCUGCACGCCCGCUGGACGCCAACUUUGAUACUCACAGCACUAGCAGCUACACCAGCGGCAUGAGCUCGCCACGCAAGAGCAAUCGCCGCCAGGAGCGCCAGCGCAACGAAUCGCCACGUCUACAAAACGGCAAAGCCGAAAAGAAUACGCGCUUUAGCAACAAUCAAUCGCCGCGCAAGGAGCAGCAGCAGCAAGCGGAGCGCAGCUCACCCAAUCAGCGUUCACAGAAUGCGCCGCAGGGCUAUGCACAGAAGCCUUUGCGUCAAAAGUCCACGCUCGAUGGCUCCAACAUUGGCAGCAGCUCGAAGCGCAGCAGCGGCGUCGAGUCUGAUGCGCCCUCAACAGCUGAAUCUACAAGCUCAGGCAAAGCAGCUACGGCUCCAGCUGCAGAACAUUAUAUGCCGCUGGACAGAAGCUACAAGCAGCUGGAGCUUAAAACGCCACGCAAGGAGGCUGUGAGCCUCAGCUGGUGGGUGUCGCCAUUUCAGUUUUAUGUUGUGCCCAAUGCGCUGGCCGCCAAGCACGAGCAGCUGCUGCAGCGCGAACUGAAGCAAUUCUAUCGCCAGAAGCCGCAUCAGCCGCUGCAGCUAAAGGUUAACUCCAGCGUGGUGGUGCGCCAGCGCAAGGACAACACCAUAUUACGUGGCACAGUCAUUGCCUGCAAUCAUAUGCUGCGCAAGUAUCGCAUCUAUAGCGUGGACACGGGCUGCCUGCUCACAGUUACCUCCGAGGAUGUUUGGCAGCUGGAGCAGCGUUUUGCGGAGCCGCCUUGCCUGGCACAGCGCUGCAGUUUUCAAAAUAUUAUAACCAACUACGAUCAUUUGUAUAUUGUGGAUCGCAUGGCGCAGUAUGUGCCCACCAAUGCCAAAGUGGACUGCGAGUUUGUUGGCAAGCAAAGCAACAGCUAUAUAGUGAACAUAAUGGUCAAUGGUCAAGCAUUGCGCGAUACGCUCAUAAAGCAACAAUUUUUAACUGAAGUGGCGCCGCAGGUGCUUGUCGCUUUGCUGGCGGGUCAACAAGUGCGCGGCACUUUCACUUCCAUACGUGACAUGACCAACUUUAAAAUUCAGCUCGAUGGCUGCAGUAAUGUGAACUUCCUAUGCAGCUACGACGACAGCAAAUUUGUCAAGUCCAACAAGGACAUAGCCAAGAGCUUCAAGCAGCACUACGAGGGCAAAAGCUAUGCGCUUAACAUUAAGCAUGUUUGUGAGAAUAAUAUCAUACACUUGCGUCCAGUUAUGCCGCUGCUGCGAGUUGAACGCACCCACUAUAUAUGCAACUAUCCUAUAUUGCUGAACAGCUUUGAAGCUACAGUUGUGUACACUGCCAAGGCGUAUCGCAUCUUUGUGCAGCCCAGCGCUGUCCAACAGCAAAUGAAGCAGCUGCUCAAUGAAAUGUACGAAUUUUACAAAAGCUCGGGCAAGCAGCUGCGCAAAGUGGAAAAGGAUUUGACUUGCGCUGCUUUGAGCGAGGAUGGCAAUUGGUAUCGCGCACGCGUGCUGGGCAAAGAUGCCAAAGGCGCGCGCAUUGAAGUGCUAUACAUAGACUAUGGCAAUACGGAGCAGCUGCAGCGUGAGCAGCUCAAGCAGCUGGAGCAGCAGUUCAGCAAGCCAAGUUGCUUUGGCGUUGAAGUUAAUUUGCCCAUGGCGCGCAUACAGCAGGAGGAGAAGCUUAAGACGCGUUUGGCGCAGCUGCUAGAGGAACAGCUGGUUACAGUCAAGCCUGUGGAAGUGCGACGCAGUCAUUUAAUAGCCGAUGUGCAUUUGCUGCAGCACAAGGAGAGCUUGCUGGAUAAGCUGAAGGCAGAGAAGCUUAUAGCUGGCAGAGAUUUGGAUUAUAUGCGCAAGCAGCUGGACAAGGAGAAGCCGCAUGUGCAUGAGUAUAUCGAAUGCGUGGAUUUGACUACAGAUGAUGAUGAGCAGGAGCAGCAGCAGCAGGAGCAUCAGCAAAGCAAUAAAGCUGCAGCUAAAGCUAAAAAGCAGGAGAAAGAGAAACAGCAGCCAGCGGAGCAGCCAGCGCCUGUGCAGCCAACGCCGCCGCCGCCGCCAGCUGAAGUGCAGCCAGAGCCUGAGCCCACGCCCGCUGCUGCUGCUGCUGCUGCGUCGCCCACACCCGAUCCCUACAAAGACAUGGAGACUGCUGUGCUGAGUCACUGCGAUAAUCCUGCACACUUCUAUGUGCAUUCCAUGGAUGCACUGCCAGCUCUAAAGCGUCUUACCGAAAAUCUACAAAUUGUGUCACCCUCGCUGCCGCAGCUCAAGGAGAUUGUCAACGGCGCUGAAUGUAUAUCCAUGUACUCCAUGGACAAAAGCUGGUAUCGCGCCAAGAUUAUAGACGCCGAGCUAAUGGUGCUGCAGUUCAUAGACUUUGGCAACACGGAUUGCGUAUCGGAUGCAAAGGACAUAAAGCAGAGUGUGUCCAAUAUGAAGCCUUGCUGCUUGCCCUUUGCGCUGCCCAUAGCACCCAAUGGCAGCUUGGAGUGGGCAGAUGCAGCCAAUGGCAUAUUCAAUGAUUCCUAUGAGAAAAUAUUGCACUAUGAGUAUUUAACCGAAGGCGAUUGGUUUACGCGCAGCUAUGUGAAGCUUUAUAUCAAUGGUGUGGAUGUGGCACAGAAGUUAAUAGACGAUGGCUAUGCCAGGCCGCUGCAGUGCAUAAGCCCAGGCAGCAGCGGCUAUGUGUCGCAUCUGAACAGCAUUGAAGACUUUUAUGUGCAGCUGGAAAGCGACUUCAAAGCGCUGGAGCUGCUGGAUUUGUAUUUAUCGGUGGCAGACAAGGAGCUGCAGCCAGUGGAGAAAUAUGAAAAGGGCGCAGUGGUGGCAGCGCUAUUCGAUGAUGAUGAGUCCUACUACAGAGCGGAGCUGCUGAGCGCGCAGCCAGACGCCGAUGGACGCUACGCAGUGCGUUUCAUAGACUUUGGCAACAGCUCAAGCAGCGGCAAGUGCUUGGCACUGAACGAGCGUUUGACAACUUUGCGCUGCCUAAGCAAACGCUGCGCGCUGCAGCUGCCUGAGAACUAUGUGUGCUGGUCACAAGCAGCGCAGGACAAGUUUGUAGAGUUGUCUGGAGAUUUGCAGUUUACGCUGCAGCUGGUGCAGCCGGGAUUGAAAAAAAUGCGCGUGCAUUUGCUGCUGGAUGGUGAGAACAUAUUGGACAAGCUGCUGCCGCUGUGUGAGCAAAAGCCAGUGCCAGUUGUGGCCACAGCAGCUGCUGAGGAGGCAGCUAAGCCACUGCGCGCUGUGGUGUCGCACAUGGACAGCCCCAGUCGCAUUUAUUUGCAGUACGAACACAACAAUGCGCAGCUGGAUUUGGUUAGCGAACAGCUGAACAGCGAGCAGUCGCAGCUGCAGCUGAAGCGCAAGUUGGCGCAGCUGGGCGAGCUGUGCGUUGCACAAUACGCUGAGGAUAAGGAAUAUUAUCGCUCACGCGUGCUGGAGCUGCUGCCCACGCAGCAGGCGCAUCAGUAUCGCGUGCUGUGCAUUGAUUAUGGGCAUCAAACUUUGGUUAGCGAGCUGUACGAGCUGCCCGCAGCAGUGGCGCAGCUGCCGCCGCUGGCUGAGCUGCAUGCGCUGCAGUUUGAGCUGCAAACGCCAGCAGCGCACAAAGCGCUGGAUGCGCUUUUCGAUAGCUGCAAUGGUGAAGUAAGCGUGGAGCUGCUCAACAAGUCUGCGCAGCCGCCUGUAGUGAGACUCAGCACUGUAGACAGCGGGCUGGACAUAGCGCAGCAGCUGCAGCGCGUGCUACAGCAGGAGCUGGAGGCGAGCGCCAAGAACAGCUGCAUCAUAAGCGCAGGCAGCACACCCAAACAGUUCUAUAUACAAAUGAAGAAGCACACGCAUCAACUGGACUUGAUUAAGCAAACUUUAAAGAGCGCGCAGCUGCUGCCGCUGCCAGCGCCCGCUGUGGAUUUAAUGGCAGUUUGCUUUUCCCCUGAGGAUGAUUGUUACUAUCGCUGCUGCGUGCAAAAGCUGCUAGCCGAGCGUAGCUACGAAGUGCUGGCCAUAGACUAUGGACACACUUUGGUUUGCCAGCAGCUUUAUCAACUGCCUGAGAGCGUUUUGAAUUUGGCGCCGCUUGCUUUACGCUGUCAACUGCAGCUGCCUGCGCUGCCUGAUGUGUCCGAGCAGCAGCUGGAGGCAGCGUUUGCCACGCUAUUGGAGCAGCACUUUGGCGAAGUGUACGAGCUGCAGUCGCCGCUCAAUGAGCAGGACAGCAGCAGCUUGCAGCUUGUUGAGCUCAGCGUGAAUUACAAGCAGCUGGCGCAGGAGCUGGUCAAUUUGUUGGCCGGCGUGCAGCCUGCGCUGGAGGUGCAACUGCACAAUUGCAUUGUGGUGCAGUAUGACGACGCCAAGUCGUUCUAUGUGCAAAUGGAGCAGGAUGUGCCCGCGCUGGAGCAGCUCACCGACAAGCUGCUGGAUGCGGAGCAGCAGCUGCAGCCGUUCACAGCGCUGCAGGUGGGCGCUCUGUGUGUUGCGCAGUUUCCCGAGGAUGAAGUUUACUAUCGCGCCGAGAUAGUCGCGCUGCUGGACGAUGGCAAAUGCGAGGUGCACUUCAUCGAUUUUGGCAAUAAUGCGAUCACUUCGCAAUUCCGUCAGCUGCCGCAGCACUUGGCGCAGCUGCCGCGCUACUCCAAGCAUUGCGAACUGGACGCCGCCUCGCUGGCCAAAUGCAAUGUGGCCGCCUUAGCCGCAUUCAUCGACACGCGCUUCUCGGAAACAUUCCAGCUGGAGAUUUUAGCCAAGCAGGGCGAGCGUCAGACGCAUGUGGUGCGUCUUUUUUAUCAGAAUACAAACAUAAGCGAGCAGCUCAAGCUGCUGCAACAGAUUAAAUAAUUAUAUAUAUGCUACAAGCAUAACUCAAGAAUGCAACAAAUAUGUGAUUAGUUUGGCUAAAAGGAAAAGCAAUUAAGCAGCGUUGUAUUAACAAAACAAAAAAGUUUUAAUUUAGUUGAACAAGUCUAACUUAUUGGCUUCAUUGAUUUUAGCUACAAAAUCAAUAUGUAAGCUUUGAAAAACGAAUAUAUAUUUUUAAAAAACGACAAAAAAAACGAAAAACUCAAAAAAAUAUACGAUUAAGUAUGCCAACCAAAAAAAAUAUAUAUUUAAAGCAACAAUGUUGUUUAUAUGAAGAAAAAGCAAUUGCUCAACACUCACACAUUUAAUUUUUUGUACACGCAUUGAAGCGUUUUAAUUAUUCAUUUUUACUAAUUUUGUUUUAAUUUUUCACACUAUACUGUUCUUUUUCUUACACUCUAAAUACAUUACAUUCAAUUUCUUAUAAAAAAAACUUACAAAAAAAAAACAAAAUUGAACGAAGACUAAAACUAAAGGCAUAUGGAUUUUUUAUUAUAUUAUAUACUAUAUAACUCUUGAGCAAAAUUGUCA